AUGUUUCAUAUACAAGUUGAUGCCAAGUUGAUUUCCAUCAAAGAGAAAUUGCUGUAUCUUCUACAUUCUGUUGGCCCGAAGGUCAGAGACGGAAUAGCAUACCUAAAGCCUGGAACUGUUGGUUACAAGACUAUGUGGGAUUGCUUAUAAAAGGAACAUGGGCAUACAAAGGUCGUUGUCGAUGAAAACAUGGAUAAAAUCCUUAUUUGUUCUCAGUCAAAGGAUUGAAUUACUUCAGGGUUCAAGAAUUUUAUAAGAGACUUAGCAGGAACUAUGAUGCACUUCAAACCCUGCAGGAAGCUCAAAAAUUACGAAUUGUCUCGCGUCAAACCUAAUCUAGUGGAUGACAAUUGGGAAGAAUGGUCCAUGGAAGAUUUGAUUGAAGCACCUGUUCGCACAGAAGACAGGAGACAAGCAGAAGCCAUAUUGCCCUUUGUACCAAACACAUGAUCACUUAAGUGUGAACUGUACCAGAGUAACUGCAUUGGUGGACUCGAAGAAGUACUUCAUCUGUGUUUUAAUUGCAGGUGUUCAAACCACAGAGCAGACCAAUGCCUUACGCAUGGUCGUGUAAAGUGCAAAUACAGGCAUCAUACCAGCAUAUGUGAUAGACAGGAGAGGAGAAACAGCAGCAGCCCAAACACAGCAUCACUAACAGGCUACACUAAUUACUUGGAGAAGAGAGUGCUUCCUACAAUUGUUUCAGUCAGCAUUAGGGGCAAGUCCACUUGUUAAAGUUAAACCAAAUAGGUCACGAGAUGCGCAAGAUCUUGACAGUCAAUGGAACCAAAGUCCAGUCCAUGCCAAUCUUUGAUUCCCACAUUAGGUCUCUGGAUGGAAGAUCUUCGGAACAAAUUUAA